CCAAGACCACCCUACCAGCCGAGACCACCCCAACCAGCCGAGACCACCCCAACCAGCCGAGACCACCCCAACCAUUUCCACCCCAACCAGCCGAGACCACCCCAACCAUUUCCACCCCAACCAGCCGAGACCACCCCAACCAUUUCCACCCCAACCAGCCGAGACCACCCCAGCCAGCCAAGACCAACCCAACCAACCAUUUCCACCCCAGCCAGCCGAGACCACCCCAGCCAGCCGAGACCACCCCAACCAGCCGAGACCAACCCAACCAGCCAAGACCACCCCAGCCAGCCAUGACCACCCCAACCAUCCCCAACCCAACCAGCCAAGACCACCCCAACCAGCCAAGACCAACCAACCCAACCAGCCAAGCCCACCCCAGCCAGCCGAGACCACCCCAGCCAGCCAAGACCAACCCAACCAGCCGAGAACACCCCAACCAGCCGAGACCACCCCAGCCAGCCAAGACCAACCCAACCAGCCGAGACCACCCCAAACAGCCCAGAACAACCCCAGACCAACCAACCCAACCAGCCGAGACCACCUCAACCAGCCGAGACCAUCCCAGCCAGCAAAGACCAACCCAACCAGCCGAGACCACCUCAACCAGCCGAGACCAACCCAACCAAACCCUGGCCCCAACCUAUUAG